AGGAAUCAAACCGGAUCCAGCCAAAGUGCAAGCCAUCAAGGAAUACCCCGCACCUAGAACAACUACAGCAGUAAGAGCCUUUCUUGGAAUGGUCGGAUUCUUCAGGAAGUUCAUUGAAAAAUUUGCACACGUUGCAACACCUCUAUAUGAUCUAACGAAAGCAGACAAAGAAUUUCAAUGGACUGAGAAAGAACAACAAGCGUUCGACUACCUGAAGGAUCGCCUCAUACAGGCACCUGUACUACGACCACCAAAUGCAAAUCAACCCUUCAUAAUCGAAAGCGACGGAUCAAAUAUUGCCAUAGGAGCCGUACUACUACAAGCAGAGGAUCCCACAAAACCCUUGCAAAAUCUGCACCCAAUAGCCUUCGCCAGCAGAAAGCUCAUCAAAGCCGAGAGAAACUAUGCACCAAUUGAAAUCGAAGCCUUAGGACUUAUUUUCGCACUAACGCAAUUCCGCACGUAUGUUUUGGGUACACAUACAACCUGUAUUACGGACCAUCGACCACUAACUAGCCUACUCACAAGAAGAGAC